AGGUUCUCGGUGGCUGACUGUGAGUGCGAGAGGAACAGAAGCAGCUAAGCGUUCUCCAUAGUCGUGUACGGAUGACGAGCAACAAUGCGCAAGCAAGAGAGAAGAAAAUGUGUAUUCUUUAGCCGUGCAGCAUUGUCGCUGUUAGAGACUGUUUAAUCAGCGUCGGCUUGUGUGCCUGUUCCGCCUCCUUUUGAUUGAUUGAGAGAGAGAGAGAGAGAGAGAGAGAGAGAGAGAGAGAGAGAGAGAGAGAAUGAUGGGGAGAGGCAUGAUGGCGUCGAGGAGGCAAAGGCACGACAAAGAGAUGAUAACUUCGAGAAAGAGAGAUGCGACGUGGUGUGGUCGGUGUAAAAGUAUGAGUAUGAACGGUCUACUCCCUGUGCUGGCGGCUUCAGCUGCAAUCUACUUCUGUUUGUGCAGUGAGUGGGCGACCCUAGUGGACGGGCAAAGUGGAUCUGGAUCAGCUGAGACGCCGUCGUCGGGAUGGGGAUCCGGGGCUCCCGGCACCAGUGUCGGUGCUCCAGCGUCGAUACCUCUGAACGCCAGCGAUUCACCACCACUGGUUGGAUCAAUGCCAGCUGUCAACGGCACGCCGGCCGCCGCCGUCUCAUCCACGUCAGCGGCAGUUGGUUCCUCCUCGAUUGACCCGACGAGCUCCCGUCUUCGUCACCAAGAUAUUUUGGUGCAUUGGGAUGCAGCGCCUCCUCAAUCCCACAAUAGUAUAGAGUACAAGGUGAAGGUGUCGAUCGAGAACAGGAAUCCGUACGCCGGGGUCUCGAAAACGGACGGCUGGGAGCUAGGCUUCACUUGGGAUCAUGACGAGUUCAUUUGGACCUGCGACGGCUGCGAGGCGACGACCAAACCAGAUUGUUCGAACCUGGUACAAAUUUAUGGUAUGGGGAACAUAUCGCUUGCGCACACCUGCGACAGGAAUCCGAUCCUGGUAGACAUCGAUAAAAACAGGAAUGGCUCGCUAACUAGUCCCCUGCUCAAUCCUGGCGGCGCCAUAGCUGAGCUAAGUCUGUCCAUAGGCAAGAAGAUGGGGGAUAACAUAUACCCGCCAUCGAAUUUUAGCAUCGCCGCGAGGGGGUUCGUGUGUGACGUUCCCCGUCAGAGCUCCUCCUCCUCCUCCUCCUCCUCGUCCUCCUCUUCCUGGACCAUUGCGUGCGGGCCGCCGGCGCUCACGGCAGAGGACCUGGAGCCGUCCAGCGUCCGGCAAAGACGCACGUGCUGUGUCUCCUUCUCCGCCGUGUUUAAUCGAACUCUUGCUCCUUGCCGUUCUUGCGCAUGCUCCUUGACGUCUCGGAUAUGCACUGCCCCCUCUUCCCCCUGCGACCCCUCCUCUUUCUCUUCCUCCCAACCUGCCAUGGAUGCAGCGCUGGGAAAAAGCCAGAAGGAUUACUCCAUCCCGUCUAUGUCCAAGAACCAGGAGAAGGGCCGUUGCGAGACGGGGUGCGGAAGGCAGAUCCAUUUCCACGUCGGCAAUGUCGCCGAAGAUCGCGAUGGGAUCGGUCCUGAUCGCGGCGGCUGGACGUUACAGGUCCGGAUCGAGAAUUUCGAAAACUCUGUGGUUGAGGACUGGAUGCUGGCGGCGCGCUUCGAUCGGCAGGUGACGGACGCUACCGCCGUCUCGCCCAGCAGCUCGGGCAGUGUCAAUUUCACUGUCACGCGGCGGGAUCUCGAAGAACAGUUCCUUGCCUUUUUCGGAAAGCAGGGGAACGAGUUCUUACGGCAGAAGGGAGCCAUCACUUUUGAAGUUGACGUCAACGCGACAAUGAUCCUAGCAGGCAUGCUGGGCGUGCCGGCGGAGAUAAUCCAUCCGGAGAAAAAGCUGACGGAGAACGAGACCUACGCAGUGCGCGCCGAUCAAAAGGCGUUUCCUACACAAGUGCUAUUUAUGGGCGAGGAAUGUGACGUGCCACACCCAAUGUAUGUCCCUUCCCUCCCGAAUCAUUCCCCCACCCCCGUCACAUUCUCCGCCAACCGGGCAGCAACGAUCUCUUUCGCAUUGCUCUCAUCGCUAAUCGCCUCUCUCCUCCACCUACCAUAGCCGGCGAAGCCUCCUGCCCGCAAUUAUGCGGCUUUGAGUUAUCCAUCGAUAGCCGGAUCGAGGCCGGCAUCUUGUGCCGUCUGUGCGCAGAUGCUUCUCGCCAGUCUGAUCUUCCUACAGGAACAUCUACAAUAAAUCCAGCACGUUUGA